AUGCCAGUAAGUUUGCCUGUCUGGCCUCGUUUUGCGGUGUCUUAUGUCCCUCUCUCCUCUUCCCACCCUGUCACCUCAUAUAUCUUGCAUCAAACAGAUCUCCGUCUAUCCCAUUCCUCUGCUUUCAUGCCAAAGAAAGCCCAAGCGAGGCUCAACCCAUUGCCGCUUCCCACUGAGAUGCUCGACCUCAUCUUCUCCAUAUUACUGGAUACCGACAGAAAAGGCUUGGCCAAAUGCUGUCUUGUUUCUCAAUCUAUGAAUCACAUCGCCGCAUCUAUCCUCUAUCGUCGAAUUCGAGUUUCACCCAUCGCUCACCUCGAUUCAAGAGCGGAUCAUGCUACCGAUCGAUUCACUGCAACGGGUAAACAGAAGACCAACACACGAAAGAAGAAGCUUCUCAAAUGUGCGGAGAUCGUUACUAUCGAUUAUCAUCAUGCCAGUUGGUGUGGAAACAAGACGUUCAAGUACCCAAAACUCGAUACUCUGGUUCUUCGAAUGAACGUCAAUGGACUUGGUCCGGUCCUUCACGCUCACGAUAUACUUGAAAAACAAUGUACCUUGGUCAAAUGCCUUGAACCCAGAAAAGUUGUCUUCUACGAAUCAUGCUUCACCAACAUAUCAGGUGAUAUGCUUGGGGUCCCUUUCAAGCUUUUGAGCAGCGUAGAAGCAAUCACCUUCGUUUGCACCCUCACUGGAGUCAAACCUACAAUGUCGUGGGGAGGUUAUCCAAAUGAUAUGAGCAGAUUGAAGAAAUUGGUUUGGAUUUUCCACACUCCAAACCCUUCAACUCGAUGGGUACCUGGAGCGGUAUCUGUUCUGGGUCGAACCAGGUCCCAUCUGUCUCAAGAUAUCAUGGUCUUGACCGGGACCAUCAGAAACUUGCCAGACAUUCCCAUCCUUAUCGUAAACGCGGGAUCACUCGAUCAUGUCUAUGUUGGCGAGAACCUUUGGGACGAAACAAGGGGCCAAGAAAAAUUUGCUUCGGUACUCAAGCAGAACAUCAUCCGAGGUGGGUACAGAAGAGGUGUUCGGCCCGAUCCAAGUGGUAAAUGGGUAACGGAUCAAGAUCCUGUUAAUAUUCAGAAAGAAUUGGACGAGGAAGCGAUGUCAUCGAAAAUUUUCGAAAGAAUCACAUUUUUGUCAAUGAAGGAUUAUUUGAUGAAUCAUAAUUGGGUUGGAGAAUUAAGAAACGAUGAAGCUCGGGCAUGGCUCCAAUGA